AAUUUUUUUAAUGAAAUCUAUAGUCAUUGCUUCUUCUAGUGUUUAGUUUCUUCUCAUAUUCAUAAAAUUUAGCAAAAAGAAGUGGUUAUUUUGAUUGGAUUUCUUUGAAGAAAUCUUUCUUUGAAGUAUAUACAUAUCAAUGGGUGAUUCUUCAUCUCAAUACAUCCACUUGGUGCAUCACUUGAUUGAAGAGUGUUUAUUGUUCAACAUGAGCAGAGAGGAAUGCAUGGAAGCACUUUCCAAACAUGCAAAUAUCCAGCCAGUUAUCACCUCCACAGUAUGGAAGGAGUUGGAGAAGGAGAAUAAGGAGUUUUUCGAAGCGUACAAUAAAAAAGACAAGGAAGAAGGAUCAAUGAGGACUAACAAUAAUAAUAGAGAAUCCGGAGCGGAGAUAACAAGACAAAGAAUCCACAAGUUGCUUUUGGAUUCAUCCUUCUCUAAAGACAAACCAUAGCACUUAAUUAGCUCAUGUAUUUGUUAUCUUCUUGUGUUAAAAAUAAUAAAUCAGAAAAUAGAUGAAGUAGAAAUUUAUUUUGCACCCAUAGUUGACACACUAUUUGUGUGUUCU